UUGUCCCAAUGGUUUCCAGAAUUGUUCUCUGAAAAAAAUAGCUAUGAGUAGAUCAACAGUAUGUUUUGUUCAUGUCACGUGCCAAAAAGGUAUUUAUUUGAGUGGUGGUUUGGUUAACUGAUGGUUGAAUAGACACAUAGCCUCAUGUCCUUUCCAUAGAUAUAUUAUUGCAAAUAUAUCAAUAAUUGAUCCAAAAACCAUAAAACUUAUAUAUUUAUUAAUAGGUUAUAUCAUUUUGGCAUUCAUUCUAUAAUGUCACGUGAAAUAACAGAAGAAAAUGCUCAGGGCGUUUUUGUUCCACUGUCAAAUCAAACUGAAAAUUUGAAUCAAGUGAGGAGCUCAUUCGAAGAUAUGAAGAUUUCUAGCCAUGAUAAUCCAACAGAUGAAAAAAUGCUCCACCCUAGGGCAAUUAUAAAAUCUGAUAAUUCAAGCAAGGAUGGCUUAGACCAUUUAAAUUCUAAGGUUGACAUUCCUAUAAAAAAUGAAAAUUCAACUCAAGGAAACAAUGAUGGAUGUUUGGCUGAAUCUUUAAUUGAAAAGGUGAGAUACUUGGAUAUUUCACAAGACAAGGCUGUGAAUGUAAAAUCUACUAUUGAUCAAGGCACUUCGACACAGGGACAAAUGUCAGAAUCAUUAAGAAAUUUUAAGAAAUAUUCUGAGUUAUCAGAUAGCUCUGACAAUGAAGAUUAUGGAAGUAUUGAACUGAAAGGCUUAUCACUCGGAGACAAAGAAUUUGAUGAUGACGAAUAUGUAGAAUCUGAAGAAAGUAACAGUGAGUCUGAUUAUGAUUCUGAAGAAGGGCAAGAACUUCAAACAAAGGAAGAUUUAGAAAAUAUCAAUAUUAAGAGGAGGAAAGUUCAGGAAGAAGGAACAUGGUUGUCAACAUUGGGGGAUAAUAAACUAUCUGAAUUACCACGUCUUUCUGAUCUGGAGUUGAACAAUAAAGAAGAAUUUACACAUAUGGGAAAUCUUGAAUGUGUAAUUGACAAAAUAGUUACAAUUGCCGGUCUCUCAGGAAUGCCAGCUUAUGAUCUCGAUACAUUGUUAUUUUUAGAAGAAGGUCAAAAAGUGUUGGGUUUUGUAAUGGAUGUUAUGGGCCCUGUCAAUGCUCCUGUAUAUAUUAUACCUGUGAAUUCGGCAGAAACAUUAAAAGAUCUUCAACUUCAGAAGGGAACAAAAGUUUACUGUGCUCCUAACAGUAAAUACACUAAAUAUGUCUUCCUCCAAGAAUUAAUGAAGAUACGAGGAUCUGGGGCAUCUUGGACUGGUGAAACCGACAUGGCUUCAGAAUCUCAGGUGUUGUCUGAUGAUGAACAGGAACAUGCCAGUAAAGAUACUACAAAAGAAGCUAAACGUAAAUGUAGUCAAGAGCGUCAUAAGAAAUUUGUGAGAGAUAUGAACCGCGCAAAUGAAAGAGAUACCCGUUUACAUAGGAUGGCAGAUGUACAUCGUUUACAUUUGGAGAGAGUGGCCGGAGCUCAGACUGUCAACCGACAACAAACACGUGAUUCAAGGACGCGAAACCAAUGCACAGGCAGUAAUUUCCAAAACUCAGAGGGUAGGCGGAGUCGACCUAUCUUCAGAAACCACUUGCAAGGUUCAAUGCUUGCGGAACUGCAGAGAUGGAGUAUGUUGGAUACUCCAGCUCCUUCCACGCGAAGCCUCAAUACUGUACCUGUGAUGCACCCUUUUGACCCAUCAAUACCACCGCCAAACUACACGAGUCCCAGAUUUUACCUUCCAUCAGAAGAAAAUAUGUUCUCAUCAUUUGUUGGUUUUGUCCAUCCUCAAAAUUUCAAUUCUAGAAAUGUUGAUUUUGAAAGAAGUAUCAAUAGGCCUAAUGUUAGGCAGAACAAUAUGCCUGGACCUUCCAAUGAAGAAUGCUUAAAUUAAUUCACCUGUAGAUCCAAGUUGAUUCAGUCUGUUUCAAUAUUUUACUCAGAAAAAUAUAUUUUUCUUUGGUGUUCUUAAAUAUUUUGUUUGUGUUACUCAUUGAUCGAGUAUUGAUUUAUUUCAGGGGUUUUUUUAGGUUCUAUAAUUUCAGACAGUAUUUAGUCAAAAAAAUUUUUACAUUGGGAAUGUAUGAUGAUAAAUAAAUCGGAGUUUGAUGUUGAAAUUCUUGCAUUUUUAUAUUAAUGAGAUGCCUCAUUUCAUGUAUUUUCUUGUUAAACAAAGAAAGAAAAUCGGUAAGUCCAUGUACAUUUUCUGAAAGUGUAUAUAUUAACUGUAUAUAGUAUCAAUUUAAUUCGUUUUAAUGAAAUGAGGUAUAUCAUAAUCUAGUCUUAUACUAUUUAGUCUCACGACAACAUUAUUUUAUUAUGAGAUAUAGUAUUCUACGUUUUAACGGUGUGUACUUCCACACAUGAAUGGUUUAUGUGGUGGCCCAAUUCAGAAAACUUGAUAUGAAUAUUUUAGAUAUAAUGCUGUAAAUAAAAUGGAGGCUUGAACAGGUUGUCUUGUAUACAGAUUAAUAUAAAAUGUAUACUCAAUUGAGAUUCAAUGUAUUUAUCUUUGAAGAGUUCCUAGUAAUUUUUUGAAAUUGUUAUCUAUUUUCAAUUUCAAUAAACUGUGAGAAAAAAGAAAUUAUUGGACACAUUAAUGUAUUUCAUUUUCAAAUAAACCAAUUUUAAUUUUCCAGUUCACAAUAAUGAAGGAAAACCUUUUAUACUCUAUUUGAUUCAAGAGGAAAUUUCAUGACAUGAUAGACAUUCAUUUCAAUAGUUUAUGUGAUAAAAAAUUAAUUUAUAACGUUUUUUCCAAAUGAGUAGUUUCUCCAUCAUUAGUUAGAGAUCUGCUAUAAGAAAACGCCGAGAGAUGUCAAUAUUACUUCACUAAACACCUUGUUCAACUUUGGCCCAUUCUCUUGGAUCUUAAAUAUUGGCUGCACAAUUGCAUUUGGAUCACUCAUUUUAUCAAGA